GUUUUCACUGUCUGUAUGUGUUUGCACCGUUCACAUGUAGUGCUCCCAAACCCCGUGACCAGCACCGCCCAGCAACAGGUCCCAAAGAAGACGGAAUUUUCCAGGGGCCGAGCGCGCACCGUGUUCAGCGAGGAGCAGAAAAGGAAACUGAUGCAACGGUUUCACAGGCAGAAAUAUAUUUCUCCACAAGAGAGGACAGAGCUCGCCACCGCCCUCGGACUGAAUUGUAAACAGGUCAAGACAUGGUAUCAGAAUAGGAGGAUGAAGCUGAAACGCAGUCAGUGUCUCCAAACCCCAGGAACCUCUUGGGAUCAACCCAGUUUCAAUCCUGUUUCAUCCCAGACAGUUAGCUGUCUUCUAGUCCUCUGGCACCUCAUCUCUGGCCAGGGAAGACUUGAAAAUGAUGGCCAAUAUCUCUGAUAUCUCUUCCUUGGUCUCC